AUUUAACUCCACUUUCGUUUUUUCAAAACAAUUGCCAAAACUCUUAAAUUAUUCAAUUAAUUUGGACGUUACUACGGACUAAGAAAAAGACUAAACAUGCAGUUUGUGCCAGUUUUGCCUUUGAAAAAACGUGUAUACGUCGAGCCUGUCAACAAUUCCAAUCGUAAAUUGCUCAUUUCACCAAUUCCAUCAUGGAUGAAACUCUCGAGUGUUGUGCAAUACUACGAGAAUUUUGGCAAGAUCAUCUACGGACAACUCUUCCCGGGACAAACAUUUGGACAUGGCGUGGUGCAAUUCGAAAGUGAAGACAAUGCCCGUAAAGCACUUAAGAAUCGGUAUCAUAGCAUUGGAAAGUACAUCGUCAAUGUGAAACCAGCCGAUGAUCAACCGAUCGGAAACAAUACCACAAAAGAAGCGACACAUAUGUUGGAUUUGGACGAUGACUGCUUGCUGAAGAUUUUCGACGAUUUUGAUUUGAUUGAAUGGUGUGAUGUGGCCAACACUUGCAAACGUUUCCAGAAAAUCGCUGAAAAUACAUUCAUAUCGGAGUUUGAUAGUGAAACCCAUGUCAUUGAGGGUGAAAUAAAGGAUGAUACCGAAAAGUUGUAUAAGACAUUCGGUGCAUUGAUGACGAAUGUUCGAAUUGGAUUCAAUGAAAACAAAUCACAGGCUGAUGUUUUCAAAUUCAUCGUAAAAUAUUGCGGGGACAAAUUGCUCUAUUUACGACCUGUCAAUUUGAAAUGGACUAGUAGUCUUCGGUUGGACAACGAUACCAAAACAAAACUAAAAUCAUUGGUCAUUGGUGAUUAUUAA